ACUUUAAGUCUGACGUUGUCAGUAUCUCGUCAUUGAACGAUUAAUCGAUAUCGCUAUUCGAUAACUACUACGAUUUUUCGAAUCGAACUUCACGUUUAUUCUUUGUACAUACCUUUUCUCUGUUCCAUGUGAUUCUUAUCAACAAUUGAUUCAAAAAUAUUUGAACCAAGAAGUAAAAGCCAAGAUGUCUGGACGACAACGUGGUAUAUUCCAAAUGAUAUUUAGAGAUUUUUUAGCAUCAAUUAAACCUACUUUUAAUAGACCUAAGUUAAUGGGAGAAGAUUAUUAUGGAACUAAAUAUUACGAAGUAGCUGUAAAAGCCACAUCUAAAAAAAAGCUACCUUCUCGAUAUUUUAAAUCUAUAAAUGAUGAUUUUGAACAAGAACUACCUGCAGAGUGGGAAGCUUGGUUGAGACAUCGUAGGAAGGAACCACCUACUUUCGAAGAAAUAGAGAAAAAUUAUAAAAUUGCUAUGAUUAAAAAAAUGAAUGCAGAUAAAAUAGAAGCUGCUAAUAAAGAACAAAAAGCUUUAAAUGAAACUGGAAUAUCUGUUGAAAAACGUGGAUACACAAGUUUUCCUGUCUAUGAGGAAUACAAUUCCACGAAUAAAUACAAUGAAGAAACAUCUAAACCAAAAUUAAAAUAACUGAUAAAGAAUGUAUAUAGGUAAAUUAAAAUAAAAAAAAUAAAAAAGAAUAUA